GCUCUCUGUCUAUCUCGUUCGUCUUGUCCAUUCCCCUCGUCGACGACUUUCAAUUUUGGGAAGUGGAGCGUUCGUCUUACCGCAUCGCCUCGCAUCGCUUCGCAUUGCACUGGCACUCGCAAUCUUACGCUUCCUUUUGCGAUCUCGCUUCUUCAGACUGCAUCGAGUUUCUUAGUCUUCUACUUCAUCGAGCUAUCCGGGAUUUCUUGCGUUAUAUUCCCUGUUCGUCUGCAGAGUGUUCAACACUUUGUCACCAUGGGCGACGUGGGGAAAAAGCGAUGGCUGCCUUUGGAGGCUAACCCUGACGUGAUGAACCAGUUCUUACACGGCCUGGGGUUUCCAAGUGACGUAGGGUGUCAUGAUGUGUUUGGAUUCGACGAUGACCUGCUGGCUAUGGUUCCAACCCCUGUCCUUGCUGUGCUUCUUCUGUUUCCUAUUACCAAAGAGUCUGAGGAGGCGAGCUUGGUGGAGCAGACCAAGAUUGCAGAGGCAGGACAGCAAGUCAGUGAAAAUGUUUACUUCAUGAAACAAACUGUGGGGAAUGCUUGUGGUACGAUUGGCCUGCUUCAUGCUGUUGGCAACGUAGCCGCUCAAGUUGACCUUGCGGAAGAUUCCUAUCUUCAGCGCUUUGUCAAGAAAACUUCUGUGAUGUCUCCUGAUGAGAAAGCGCAUUUUCUUGAGACGGACACUGAGUUGGAAACUGCACACUCCGUGGCUGCAUGUGGUGGCGACACCGCGCCUCCAGAUAUUUCAAGCUCCGUGGAUCUUCAUUUCAUCUGCUUUGUGUGUGUUGAUGGAGGUUUGUAUGAGCUUGAUGGAAGGAAGAAGCAACCCAUUUAUCAUGGACCUUCCUCACAAGAGACGCUACUCAAGGAUUCGGUGAAUGUGGUUCAGGAAUUUAUGGCUCGCAAUCCUGAAUCAAUGAAUUUCAAUGUCAUAGCUCUUGCUAAGGAGAGUUGAUCUAUUUACAAUGUGCAAAUCAUUGUGCACCUUUAAAUCAUUAGUUACCCAAUUGCAUUGUGAAUUUGUCUUUCACAAAACAAGCAUGUUCUCAUGAAUUUUUAAGAGGUAGAGGAAGUUAGGAGGUGCUGCUAUUGUGGCAGAAGAUGACUUUUCCACAUGGUAGUACAGUACUUCUAUGCCUGAUUUCUUAUGUUUUAAGAAUGUUCUUUCUACA